UCGCCCAGAAAUGAGCCAAUUUCGAGCUCUUUUUGUAGUGGUUUUUGCAGUUUUUGCAGUUUUUGGAACACACGGAGCACCGAAUGUGAAAGCCACUACCUCCGCCUACUCCGACGCCUUUACUCGCAAAUAUUUUCCAACAAUUUUUGCGUCGACUGAGGCGCCAAAUGCGACUAAUUGUUUGAAUCAAGUUUUUACAAACUACGAACUUAGAAAACACAUUAACGUAAAAUGCGACAAAACGGACGGUCUAGACACGUGUUCCGGGCUGACAUUGGUAUCACACGAUGAUAAGGCGAUUAUUAUGGCUUUUCGGGGAACCAAAGGAAAACUGCAAUUGUUGGUGGAAUCCGAGGAAGUUCUCUACAAUAAUAAGACAGCUUGGUAUGGUGGUGGAAAUGUCGGAUUUUAUUUCGCACGGGCGUUCAAUUUAAUUUGGAACGCUGGAAUGAAGGACGAUUUCAAUACUUUGAACCAUAUGUACCCGGGUUAUGAGGUUUGGAUUGGCGGCCACUCGUUGGGUGGUUCAAUGGCGGCUUUGGCUUCAAAUUUUGUGAUUGCCAAUGGCCUCGCCACGUCUUCUCGCCUGAAAAUGAUCACAUUCGGCGAGCCCAGGACAGGUGAUAAGGCAUUCGCCGAUACUCACGAUCAGCUGGUACCGUACUCUUACCGAGUAAUCCACAAAAGGGACAUUGUGUCCCAUAUUCCAUUGGACGGACAAGCUGGGUUCCAUCAUCAUCGCAAUGAAAUUUGGUACGACAAUGAUAUGGCGGAGAAUGCAAAGUACAAGGAAUGUGAUGCUCAGGAGAGCCCACUGUGCUCGGAUGGACAUCUAGACUAUGUAAUUUCGGACCAUCACCACUAUUUCGGAAUGUACAUGACUUUCUAUGGACGCAGAAAUUGCACCGGCGACCCGGCUAAUUGAAUUUUUGCAUAAAUUCUCAAAUUUUAAUCUUGGAAUAAAAAAUUAGAACUUC